AUGGAAACUACGGGGUAUACCGAGAAUCAAUUGACUGUUCGAGAGGCAGUCAGCCAAGUCUGCUCAGAGUUUCCCAACACCUAUUGGCAAGAACACGAUCAGAACGAGCAAGACCCCAAAGAGUUUCACGCUGCUCUCGCAAAGGACGGCUGGCUUGGCAUUGCCUUGCCUGAGUCCCUCGGCGGCUCUGGCCUAGGCAUCUCUGAAGCGACAAUGAUGAUGCAGACCAUCACCGAGUCCGGUGCCGGCAUGGCUGGUGCGCAGUCCAUUCAUGCCAACGUCUAUGCUACACAACCGCUGGCCAAAUUCGGAACUCAGGAGCAGCUCGAGAGUACGAUCCCCAAGAUCAUUUCCGGGCAGUGGCGUACGUGUUUCGGGGUCACAGAGCCCAACUCUGGCCUCGAUACUUUGCGCCUGGCCACAACAGCAAAGAAGCAGACCGAUGGAUCGUAUCUCGUCACUGGCCAGAAAAUCUGGAUUACAUGCGCUCAGGUAGCAUCCAAGAUGAUUCUGCUUGCGCGCACGAAAGCCUACGAGGACUGCAAGAAGCCGAGCGAGGGUCUAUCGCUCUUCUGCAUCGAUAUUGACAAAUCACAAUCUGGCCUAGACAUGCGAAAGAUCAAGAAGAUGGGGGGCCGCGCCGUCGAUGCCAACGAAGUAUUCUUCGAUAACUACCAUAUCCCCGCGAGCUCACUCAUUGGCCAAGAAGGCCAGGGUUUCAAAAUCAUACUCCACGGAAUGAACGCUGAAAGGUGUCUUCUCGCCGGCGAGGCUCUCGGCCUAGGCUACGCAGCGCUCACAAAGGCCUCAGAGUACGCGCGUGAUCGCGUUGUAUUCAAGAGGCCAAUUGGGCAGAAUCAGGCCAUUGCGCAUCCCCUAGCGGAUGCAUACAUGAAGUUAGAGGCGGCGAAGCUUGCGACAUACCACGCCGCUCGGCUAUACGAUGCCAGCAAGGAGGACUCUUCUAUUCGUCAAGACCAGGUUGGAGUUGCGGCUAAUAGCGCAAAGUACAUGGCUGCUGAAGCGGCUUUCACGGCAUGCGAAAGGGCGGUGCUUACACACGGGGGGAUGGGCUAUGCCGCAGAGUAUGAUGUCGAGAGGUAUCUACGCGAGAUCUUUGUCCCAAGGAUCGCGCCUGUAUCUCGCGAGAUGAUUUUAUCGUACAUUAGCGAGAAGGGAGGCACUCAGGGAGCGCAAUCUGCAUACACUGUAGAGGGCGUUUCUCCUUUCUCAGAACGUCAAUGCUCCCGGUUCUCGGUCAGCUCGGUCAAUAUCGGAGACAUCGGUCAAGGAGACCCAUUCGGCGAGGAGGUCCACGGAAGAAGAAGCCGAGACGUCAAAGCGUUGCCUGUGGAAAAAACAGUGCAAUUGCCCAGAGCACCACCUAUCUGCGCCUUGAUUCCUGAUAUUCGAGGGACGUCUGAAUGGAGUUCUGAUGUCCUGCUCAUAGUAUCUACUGCGGCAUGCCAAGCACCAGUGCCUACAAUGCCGACAGAGGGUUCGAAGAAACCGCGCGCGAAGCACGCGUGUAGGGAGUGCAACUCGCGACGCAUCCGCUGCAAUGUCACCGAGCGCCACCCUUGUUCGAAUUGCGAGACUGCGCAGGCGACUUGCGAAGUCAUCCCGUCGCGAAGAGGCCGGUAUCUACGGAAGUCCAAGAGGCAGAAGCAGACGGAAGAGGCCGCGUCGGCGACCCCAGAGCCCGCUGCCCCGGCCGUGUCGUCCGCGCUCACCGCUGAUGUCGCCGCGACGCUUGCUUCUAUGAGUACCGUGUCUCCGUCGCAUGGACUUCCGAGCUCCUCUGGGAUAUCGCAGACUCCUUUUCACGCUGAUACACCUGCUUCGUGCCAUUCCUCUGGGACUACGGGUGGCAGCCGGUUCUUUGGAGAGUCGAAUUUCAUCACUCUUGUUCCUGGAGCAUCAGGACCCGGCAAUGAGGCUGCGACUAGUGAUGGGAUGUUGAAGGGUCGUCUCACCUUUCCAGUGCCGCAGACGCCACAAUCUCAUGACCUGGCUACUUCACCUGCCAGUGUGCCAUCCAUGAGCUCUGCGACAGAGCGAUACCUUCGGGAUGAGGGAGCACUCACCUUCCCCGACAUGCAGAGCUGUCUUCCAGCUUUACAUGCUUACUUCACUUGGUUCCACCCUUGCUUUCCCAUUCUUGACCGCGCCGAUAUUGCCAGGCGGCUCGUGACGAUGGAUAUUUCACCGCUCUUGUUGCAAGCAAUGCUUUUCAUCGGUUCGACCUACUGCGACGAGGCAACAAUUCUUGGCAUGGGGUUCAAAGACCGGUCUGAGGCUAAGAGCCUGACAUACUCUCGUGCGCGUGUUUUGUUUCAUGCCAACUGGGAGAAAGACGAGUUUACUCUUAUUCAGUCACUGUUUCUAUGCAGCUUCUGGAGGGGUGGACCGACGGAUUGGAGAGACGUGAGGUACUGGCUAGGGGCCGUGUUAACCCUCGCGCAGACUCAUGGCCUUCAUCGCUCAACUCGAUUCAUCACGAAGGAUCCACAUUUCGCUCGGAUGAGACGCAGAGUCUGGUGGUCAAUCUACGUCCGUGAACGGCAAGCGGCUGUGUCACUGGGACUACCUUGUCGCAUCCGCGAUGAGGAUUGUGACAUUGAGCCGCUGACUUCGACUGAUCUAGAGGAUGAUGCUGACGAACAGCGAGCAACUGGGUUUGGUGCACCGAAAUCAGAGCACAUUCAUUAUGCUAUCAAGAUGAUUGACAUCGCUCGUCUUCUCGGGAGAAUCAUGGACACCCACUUUGCGCCUGGUCGGGGACCACCAGCACCAACGGAAGUUCGUGAAUUGAAGCAACAGCUCGAGGAUUGGAAGCAAAGUCUACCAGAUGAGAUGCGUAGAGGCCCUGAUGAUGGGCAGUCUUCAGUCUUGACCUGCCUAAUCCACCUUGCCUACAACCAUCUCCGUAUCCUUGUGCACCGAAACGGAUGGCUGCGGAAUAGAGACCAGGAGGAUAAGAGCGCAGCUCUCGCCGCCGCCUGUCGCAUCAGUCGCAUCGCCGAAGACAUGCUCGCACAAAAGACCUUGCAAUACGGCCAAAUGCACCUCCUCUUUGCCGCUUUUUGCAUACAUGCAAUUGAUAUCAAGUCUGCGGAUGGCAUCAGUCGCCGAUUAGCCGAACAUAGAGCCCAGAUGUGUCUUCUUGGCCUCAAAGAAAUUCAAAAGUACUGGCGUAUCAACAACAAUGUGCUUGACCUCUUCCUGCAAUACCUCGACGAAUCAAUAGCGAAGAGACUUAACGGCGACAGCACUGAAUCUGCACCGUCCAGCGCACUGCCCAGCUCUGUCACGGGUCUUGAGCCGUUCAACGACGCAGGCACGAGCCCCCCGGUAACUCUACUACAAGAUGCUCUUCAGCAAGCCAGACCCGACGCAAUGGAAGAUCAAUACUUCAGCCUCAUGCGCACAAAUUGGGAAGGCGAAGAUGCCCUAGAAGAUCUCGGGCUAUUCCUGGAUCCUCAACUUUACGCCAAUGGGCCAAUGCAGGUAGAGGGGCUGAACUUCCUGCAGCGUUGCUUGGAAGAAGAUCCCUCGAAGCCCGGCAUAAGUCGCCGUGGAAAGGACAGGCUAAAUUCUCACUCAGCAUCAUUUCGGCUUCUUCUGCCGAGCACAGUCACUUUCCGGCUUCCGGGCGGCGCGGCAACCCCACUGACGGACGCCUGCUCGAACCAUUCCUCAUGCGGCGAAGGAGAGGGCUUGGGGAUCUUCUGGCCAGCAACUGCAUCGGCCUUAACAUUCUGGAGCUCUUUAAUUGCCAGCUCGAUGCAAUACUUUGCUCUCAGAGUCUUCGACAAAAGGCACGUGCUGGAAACAUUUAACAAACAAAAGCUCCAGCUGUCCGCGAGUCCUGAGUCAUCAUUUCGAUCCAUCGCAACCAAUGCAACAGAUGCAGCCUCUAAGCUUCUUGACACAUUUUCUGGUAAGGAUGUCGUCCGCAAGCAAUUAUUCGACUCGAAUCAACUUCAACGCCUUAGCUUGACCCUCAACCGGAAAGAGCUGCACCCUGGCGUUGAUGUUUCUUCAGAAGCACCCGCUCAAGGCACGCCCCUGCCCCCGGGCUACCACCUUGUUUACUUCACCCCCACUGGCGUCGAGAGCGAACUCGGAAUGGACGGCACGGAUAAGACUUUCAACGCGCCGGCACCGUUUACGCGGCGGAUGUGGGCUGGGGGGAAGAUGCAAUUUGUUGAGGGAACCUCUCUCAAGGUUGGAGAGGUAGUUGAAGAGCGGACGAGACUAGUCAGAGCGACGCCGAAGAAAAGCAAAAGCGGAGAUGAGAUGGUUUUGGUAGAUGUCGAGAAGGAAUUUCAUGGGCGCGAUGGACUAGUUGUCAAAGACCAGAGAUCGUGGAUAUUUCGGCCAGAAGUCGACUUGUCGCUGGCCGCGAAAACAGCACCACCGCGUAGUGAAAGACCACCUGCUUUCGGACCUUCUACCAUCACCGACCAAUCGAGUGCAGAAGGAAGCAUAAUUCGUCACUUCCGAUGGUCACCUGUUGGCCUCUUCAGGUUUUCUGCCCUGACUUUCAAUGGUCAUAUGAUCCACUACAACGAGCCCUGGACGAAGGACAUCGAGCGCCAUCCCGAGGUUGUGGUUCAUGGGCCUUUGAAUCUGAUUAACAUGCUGGAUUAUUGGAGAGACGUGUACGGCAAGGACGGCAGGGAAGCACGGCAGGUUACCUAUCGAGCUAUGUCUCCUCUCUACGCCGGCGACAAGUACACGCUUCGAACAGCUGUUGCGGAGAAUGAGAAGAGGAGCGAGUUGUUCAUCGAAAAGGGCAAUGUUGUCUGCAUGAAAGGAGAGAUCAUUGGCAGUUGA